CCAACCCAACCCAAACCCAACCCACCCGUUGAAAAGAGCAGAAUAAAGUGUUCCGCUCACUCAGUUACGCGCCCUCCAUCUUCCCAAACCCUAAAACCUGAGCAUCAUCGGCACAUUGAGCUGAAAGAAUAAUCAUGCCGCCAAAAGCAUCAAAAUCGAAAGACGCAGCACCAGCGGAGCGACCAAUUCUUGGUCGAUUCUCUUCCCACCUCAAGAUUGGCAUUGUUGGGUUGCCAAAUGUUGGGAAAUCUACUCUUUUCAACACAUUAACAAAGCUGUCAAUUCCUGCUGAGAAUUUUCCCUUUUGUACUAUUGAGCCUAAUGAGGCACGAGUUAAUAUCCCCGAUGAAAGAUUUGAUUGGCUUUGCCAGCUCUUCAAGCCCAAAAGCGAGGUUUCAGCAUUCUUGGAAAUCCAUGAUAUAGCUGGACUGGUUAGAGGUGCCCAUGAAGGACAAGGGCUGGGCAACAAUUUCUUGUCUCAUAUCCGCGCAGUUGAUGGCAUUUUUCAUGUGUUGCGUGCAUUUGAAGAUCCAGAUAUUAUUCAUGUUGAUGACACUGUGGACCCUGUGAGGGAUUUGGAGGUUAUCGGUACAGAAUUACGGCUAAAGGAUCUUGAAUUCAUGGCGAGAAGAAUAGAUGAUCUUGAGAAGAGCAUGAAGAGGAGCAAUGACAAGCAGUUGAAAAUAGAGUUUGAGUUGUGCCAAAAGGUUAAGGCAUGGCUUCAGGAGGAAAAAGAUGUCCGCCUAGGAGACUGGAAAACUGCUGAUAUCGAGAUACUGAAUACCUUUCAAUUGCUUACUGCGAAGCCUGUUGUUUACCUGGUUAACAUGAAUGAAAAGGAUUAUCAAAGGAAAAAGAACAAGUUUUUGCCGAAGAUUCAUGCUUGGGUGCAGGAACAUGGGGGUGAAAUCAUUCUUCCUUUCAGCUGUGUGUUAGAGAGAACCCUUGCUGAUCUAUCUCCUGAUGAAGCAGCUAAGUAUUGUGAGGAGAACAAGGUACAAAGUGCCCUUCCGAAGAUCAUAAAGACUGGAUUUUCUGCAAUUAAUCUAAUUUACUUCUUCACUGCCGGCCCUGAUGAGGUAAAAUGCUGGCAAAUCAGACGACAAACAAAGGCUCCUCAGGCUGCAGGAGCAAUCCAUACUGAUUUUGAGAAAGGGUUUAUAUGUGCUGAGGUAAUGAAAUUUGAGGAUUUGAAGGAGCACGAGAGUGAAGGAGCUGUUAAGGCUGCUGGGAAAUAUAGACAAGAAGGGAAGACAUAUGUUGUCCAAGAUGGGGACAUUAUAUUUUUCAAGUUCAAUGUAUCAGGGGGCGGAAAGAAAUGAGGUAUAUCUAUAGUUUGGCCAUUGAGCACCCAUGCAUAUUUUAUUGGAUUUUGAAGCCAUUCCAUUAUGGCAGAGAUAUGCGGCAGCUUUUUACUCUUGGAUUGAAAUAAGAAUAAUACUUGGCAUUGUAUUAUUUCGAUCUAAGGGUGGAGGCUCAGUGUCCACAACCUUGACUGAGUAUCAUGUAUUUGCAGUUUGUACUUUAUAGUACUGUCGCAGACAUGCAUUUAGUUUGAAAAUUUACCAAUUUCAUUUUUUGAUCUAAAGUAGUCGGUUUAUCUUAUUGCA